GUUCUGCUUCCCGGCGGGGUCCUGCGGAGUUGGCGGAGGCUUCUCUAGGGACUGGGGGGCCGAUCUGCGUAGAAGCGGGUGGCGGGCAAGAGAGGGGGAGAGCUCUGAGUGGGAAGCGGAGCUGCGGGCCUGGGACCCGUCGCGUCAGAGCCAGGCAAGUGAACCGGAGCAAACGACUUCCGAUCCAGUCCGCGCUGCUGCGGCUCCCGUUUGGGAUUUGAUUUGCAGCAUCUUCGAGCCUGUACGACAAAAAAAAAAAAAAAAGAAAAGAAAAAAAAAAACCCGCGAAGCACGCCCAGCCCUCCCCCGGCACCCCGAUAACGCACCCACUCCCUCCCGGGGACACAGCUGGGCGCGUCCACACCCCCGCACCCCUACAUCAUGUUGUGCGGAAGGACUUCCACUCCCUGCCUGUGUCGUUGAUGUCAGACCCCAGGCCAGCCUCCGGGCGCUGCAGUUCUCCCGGCUAAUGCUGAGGCUGCGGCUCCGCUAGCACAGGAACCGCACCCGGCCCCGGCUUCCACCGUCUGCAUGUGCCCGCCUUAGCCGCCUGCCCAGCCCGCAGCCCGCGCUCCCCGCCGCGCUGGAGACCACCGCGGGGGGCCCCUUCUGCCCUCUGGAGAAGCGGUCUUGGAGGUAUUGAUUUCGGUGGUUGGAUUCUUCCCGUGGAUCUAUCAAUUCAUUAUUCGAAUUUGGAAGAAAGAGGGAAAACAUGACGUCUCCAGCCAAAUUCAAAAAGGAUAAGGAGAUCAUAGCGGAGUACGAUACUCAGGUCAAAGAGAUCCGUGCUCAGCUCACAGAGCAGAUGAAAUGCCUGGACCAACAGUGUGAGCUCCGGGUGCAGCUGCUGCAGGACCUCCAGGACUUCUUCCGGAAGAAGGCCGAGAUUGAGAUGGACUACUCCCGGAACCUGGAGAAGCUGGCUGAGCGCUUUCUGGCUAAGACCCGCAGCACCAAGGACCAGCAGUUCAAGAAGGAUCAGAAUGUUCUCUCUCCGGUCAACUGCUGGAACCUCCUCUUAAACCAAGUGAAGCGAGAGAGCAGGGACCACACCACCCUGAGUGACAUCUACCUGAAUAAUAUCAUCCCUCGGUUUGUCCAAGUCAGUGAGGACUCAGGAAGACUCUUUAAAAAGAGUAAAGAAGUUGGCCAGCAACUCCAGGAUGAUUUGAUGAAGGUCCUGAACGAGCUCUACUCGGUCAUGAAGACGUAUCACAUGUACAAUGCCGACAGCAUCAGUGCUCAGAGCAAACUGAAGGAGGCGGAGAAGCAGGAGGAGAAGCAAAUUGGUAAAUCAGUGAAGCAGGAAGACCGGCAGACCCCACGCUCCCCUGACUCCACUGCCAAUGUCCGCAUCGAGGAGAAGCAUGUCCGGAGGAGCUCCGUGAAGAAGAUUGAGAAGAUGAAGGAGAAGCGCCAAGCCAAGUACACAGAGAAUAAGCUGAAGGCCAUUAAAGCCCGGAAUGAGUACUUACUGGCUUUGGAAGCCACCAAUGCAUCUGUCUUCAAGUACUACAUCCACGACCUGUCCGACCUUAUUGAUCAGUGUUGUGACCUAGGCUACCAUGCUAGCCUGAACCGGGCUCUGCGCACCUUCCUUUCUGCUGAGUUAAAUCUGGAGCAGUCGAAGCACGAGGGUCUGGACGCCAUCGAGAAUGCAGUAGAAAACCUGGAUGCCACAAGUGACAAGCAGCGCCUCAUGGAGAUGUACAACAAUGUCUUCUGUCCCCCUAUGAAGUUUGAGUUCCAGCCCCACAUGGGGGACAUGGCCUCCCAGCUCUGUGCCCAGCAGCCUGUCCAGAGCGAGCUGGUGCAGAGGUGCCAGCAACUGCAGUCUCGAUUAUCCACUCUGAAGAUUGAGAACGAAGAGGUUAAAAAGACAAUGGAGGCCACCUUGCAAACCAUCCAGGACAUUGUGACCGUUGAGGACUUUGAUGUGUCCGACUGCUUCCAAUACAGCAACUCCAUGGAGUCUGUCAAGUCCACAGUUUCAGAAACUUUCAUGAGCAAACCCAGCAUUGCUAAGAGGAGAGCCAACCAGCAAGAGACAGAGCAGUUUUAUUUCACGAAAAUGAAGGAGUACCUGGAGGGCAGGAACCUCAUCACGAAGCUGCAAGCCAAGCACGACCUCCUGCAGAAAACCCUGGGAGAAAGUCAGCGGACAGACUGCAGUCUGGCCAGGCGUAGCUCAACCGUGAGGAAGCAGGACUCGGGCCAGGCAAUUCCUCUGGUGGUAGAAAGCUGUAUCCGGUUUAUCAGCAGGCACGGAUUACAGCAUGAAGGAAUUUUCCGGGUGUCGGGAUCCCAGGUGGAAGUGAAUGACAUCAAAAAUGCUUUUGAGAGAGGAGAGGACCCCCUGGCUGGCGACCAGAAUGACCAUGACAUGGACUCCAUCGCAGGUGUCCUGAAGCUUUACUUCCGGGGGCUGGAACACCCUCUCUUCCCUAAGGACAUCUUCCACGACCUGAUGGCCUGCGUCACUAUGGACAACCUACAGGAGAGAGCUCUGCACAUCCGGAAAGUCCUCCUGGUCCUGCCCCAGACCACUCUGAUUAUCAUGAGAUACCUCUUUGCCUUCCUCAAUCAUUUAUCACAGUUCAGUGAAGAGAACAUGAUGGACCCCUACAACCUCGCCAUCUGCUUCGGGCCCUCGCUGAUGUCAGUGCCGGAGGGCCAUGACCAGGUGUCCUGCCAAGCCCACGUGAACGAGCUGAUCAAAACCAUCAUCAUCCAGCAUGAGAACAUCUUCCCAAACCCCAGGGAGCUGGAGGGCCCUGUCUACAGCAGAGGAGGAAGCAUGGAGGAUUACUGUGACAGCCCUCACGGAGAGACGACCUCCGCUGAAGACUCGACCCAGGACGUGACCACAGAGCAUCACACCAGCGAUGACGAGUGUGAGCCCAUCGAGGCCAUUGCCAAGUUUGACUACGUGGGCCGGACAGCGCGAGAACUGUCCUUCAAGAAGGGAGCAUCCCUGCUGCUUUACCAGCGGGCUUCCGACGACUGGUGGGAAGGCCGGCACAACGGCAUCGACGGGCUCAUCCCACACCAGUACAUCGUGGUCCAAGACACCGAGGACGGUGUCGUGGAGAGGUCCAGCCCCAAGUCUGAGAUUGAGGUCAUUUCUGAGCCACCUGAAGAAAAGGUGACAGCCAGAGCGGGGGCCAGCUGUCCCAGUGGGGGUCAUGUAGCCGAUAUUUAUCUUGCAAACAUCAACAACACCUUACGUCUUGAGAACCCAGAGCCCACGACCACCGAGCAAAGGAAGCGGCCGGAAUCUGGGAGCAUCCGGAAAACAUUCCGUAGCGACAGCCACGGGCUGAGCGGUUCCCUGACUGACUCCUCCUCCCCGGGGGUGGGGGCUAGCUGCCGCCCGUCCUCCCAGCCCAUCCUCAGCCAGAGUCUCCCCAAGGAAGGGCCAGAUAAGUGUUCCAUCAGCGGGCACGGGAGCCUCAACUCCAUCAGCCGCCACUCAUCCCUGAAGAAUCGGCUGGACAGCCCACAGAUCCGCAAGACCGCCACGGCAGGGAGGUCGAAGAGCUUCAAUAACCAUCGGCCCAUGGACCCUGAGGUCAUUGCACAGGAUAUUGAGGCGACCAUGAACUCGGCCUUGAAUGAGCUGCGGGAGCUCGAGCGGCAGAGCAGUGUGAAGCACACCCCUGAUGUGGUCCUGGACACCUUGGAGCCCCUCAAAACCUCCCCAGUGGUGGCCCCCACCUCGGAGCCCUCCAGCCCCCUGCACACCCAGCUCCUCAAGGACCCUGAGCCCGCCUUCCAGCGCAGCGCCAGUACUGCUGGGGACAUCGCCUGCGCCUUCCGACCCGUCAAGUCUGUCAAGAUGGCCGCCCCCGUGAAACCCCCAGCCACGCGGCCCAAGCCCACCGUCUUCCCCAAAACAAAUGCCACUAGCCCUGGUGUCAACUCGUCCACCUCCCCACAGUCCACUGACAAGUCUUGUACUGUCUGAGGGAUGUAAUUUAAUUGUUCUAGAUAAAGGGACUAUAGGGACUGACUAUUAUUAAAAAUAUUCCUAUUUAACUAGUUCGGGGACUUGAGUUGACAAUUAGAUUCUAAGUUGUUCUUGCAGGAAUUAGCCUCCCCGUCCCCCGAAACCUUGAGAAUGAAGCCCUCAUUCCCUUUGCUCUCCGUCCCCCCGCCCCUGCUUCCCCCAGUCGUGGUAACCCAGCCAGUUGCAGUACACACCGUUCUUAGGUUAGCCAGAGGCAGUUUUUCAUUAUCAGGUCACUGUGAAAUCUGGCAAGGCAAGUCACGAGGACAUGGGCAUGAGCCUCAGUCCCCUGAGUCCCCCCCGGGGACGCCUUGCCCGGUCCCUGGCUCCUGCCACCCAGCAUUCAGUGGCAUCUUGUUUUGGGUACUGGUUAUAGAGAAUCAUAGGUAUGCCAUUCCUCGUUUUACACACACACACUUCUAGUCUCUGGCAUGUGUAGCCUCUCCUGGUCCUAGGACCAGCCUCUUUGUAAGUUAUUAUUGUGGCAGUUCACGCAGGAGCCGCCAGGGGCGUCUGUUUCCGUUACAAACUUUGUUCUAUCUGGACCAGAGCACCUAGCCUUUGAAAUCUCUCCGUCAUGUGAGAUCAGCAGCACGGGACGAUCCUGGGAUCCGCGUGGGGCCGGGCUUUCUCUGUCGUCUCUCUGUUGCUGUGAGCUGCUCACUGCUGUUUGCUGUCACUCUCCUUCGUGCUCUAGAACUACAGCCCAGUGUUAGGACCGGAUCUUUGCCGGGCUUUCUGAACGGAGAGACCUUUCUGGAGUUCCUGUCUGUCGCUGCUGGACCGCUGUCCACAGAGGCAUUUUCCUGCAUAAGAAAGUUUUAUAGCUGAUUCCUUUUAGGCUGAAGAAUUUUAAGAAUUUUAUUGUGUUUGUGGCAGGUUUGAAAAAGGUAAGAAAUAGGUCCUUGUUUCUCCCACUUCUUUUCAGCACUUAAAACAUCAGAUGCAUUAUCAUUAAACAAAUUAAAUUCAGUUUUGCUAAUCCCAAAAUUGUUCCCAAAUGAACAGCCUUAGUUUUGCUAUUGAACAAGGUCUCUCUCCUUCUCUCUCUCUCUCUCUGUCUCUCUCUCUCUCCCUUCAGGGACCAGCAGGGGCUUGGAGAGCUCUAGUUAGAUUCAAGAGAGACUCUGACCCCUAACAACUGGUUUUUGCUUUUCAAAAUGCGGAUAAUUAAGGGAACUUUAACCCCACAGAGUCUAAAGCUUCCCAAGGCCAAAAUCUAAAGAAAAAAAUUGGAUGACAAAUGUUUUGUCUUUUUUCUGAUUCCCCUUCAAACUACAAAAAUGACACCUUAACAUUUGCUCUAAUUCUGUCUCCAGACCUAGUGCCCACGGUCCAACUUCCCCAGCUCCACGCUGUGCCAGGAGAGUGCACAGCCGGGCUCACGGGCCGCAGCCGCCUGCUCAUGCCCAAGCUGACGCACGUUCCUCUUCUCUGUCUUUUCCUCGCGUGCAAGCUGUGUCUAUAUUUCACCUGUUAUUUUCUGUAGUUCAGGAGAGAUGGUGGGUUGCUAUUCAUGUCGGAAAACCUGGGAUUUCCUAUAUUGGCGUAAAAGAGAUCCUUUUUGGACUAGCAUGUAAAGUUGGUAGUUGCAUCGAUGGGAAGUGGUGGGAUUUUCCCUGUCAGGGACCUUUGUGGGGAAUCAGUCAUGCAACAUCAGGGAAGCCAAGAGCCAGAGAGAGAACCUGAGCAGUCCUGCCGCAGAGAGCCAGCUUGGAAGAGGCAACCCACCGCACCUGAGAAUCUUGGUUUUUGUUGCUCUGUUCAGUGGCCUGUCCUUGUCUGUCACCUGGGCCUACACAGGUCCUGAGCCAGGAGGGGGUCUUCUAUGCAAGGAUCUGUCUCCUUGCCGAAAAGGAAGCCCACCCUUCACCUUACAUUCCUGUGAACCCCACGGAGCAGCGCUGAGACCCUCCCCUGCGCUCUCCCGUCUUCUCCAGCACCCUCUCCGCUGAGAAGGGAGAAGCAGAACUUUCUUAACGCAGUGCUUUGGACCUGUUCUGUUGCUCCUGCCUUAUUUCUCUUUCAACUCUGUACAUGACUUGUGUUUGCCAUCCCCUUGGUCAAUGUGCACCUGCUGAUUUGCAUCAGGAACUGAACAGCGUGUGCGGUCACCCACUACCCCCGUCUCGGGGGGCCGAGCCGUCUUCCCCACCUCUGGUGCUCCUGACAGCUGCGAGAUGGUCCUGGCAAGGGGACUGGGAACCCACGGGAGGAGAACCCUCAGCAGAGCCCACUGCAGCCGCCUGGAACUGAGCUUGCACACUGUGAUUCUGACACUGAAAAGCCAAAAGGGGCUGGCUGCCCAGGGCUCGGGGGCCCAGCCUUCCUCAGAUGUGCGUGCCGAAACCAGCAUGAUGCUGUGGAGAGCCCCGCUCUGCCCCUGGGGGCGUGGAUCUUCUUCCUGGUGUGGACUCAGGAGGGUCCGUCUCUAGGGGGAGAGCAGUGGGGCGGGGCCACCAGCAUCCCGAUUUGGAAAACAGAGGAGUUUGCAGCCAGCAGCCUGGACCCUGGAAACACUGAUCUCAGCCAACCUCAGGGUGCCCUGGUUUCUCCCCCCAGAAGAUGAGGCACGAUGCUGCCGGCCCCAGGAUAGAGACGGCUGCAAGGGCUGGUGUAAAUGUAUUUCCCGUUCAGAAGAGAAGUUAGAUCCUCCAGGGAACUGCAGUGUCGUGGCGUCUGACUCGUAUGUCACGUUGGUGUACAAUGGUAUAUUCUUUACAAUAGUGUUGAUAACUGGAAUAUUGUAUGUAUGCUCGGAGAUACUUCGUGUGAACCUAAGACUAUCACUCAACAGAUGUUGGAUUGGGGAAAAUCCAAAGCACAACUUCAAAAUAAAAUACAUUUUUAGGUUUC